ACUUUCCUUUCUAUACUCCUUUGCCUUUCGGCAAUCUACUCUUCUGGUGUCUACUCACUAUACUUUCGGUACUAUAGUUCUUUGUUAUCCUCGCCGCAUUAGUGUUCUAUAAACAUGUCGUUCUGGAGAGAAACUUUCCUUAAUUUGCGUCAUGCCGUCCCGAAGACCGUCCCCGGGGAUCGCGCAUGUCGCGCCCAAUCGAAACGGUUCCUUACUUAUUCCUCACAGAGUCCUCGGGUGACAGCCUCCAAUCAGUACGCAUUGCACACUAAGAGACCUGGGUUGACUGUGAGUCAACGGCGGUCAUGGAACGGAUUGAACCCAGAAUACCGAAGCUUUUCGGCCACCGCGGGAGUCCAACAUGGACACAUCACACCUCCGAAGCCCGGGGAGGAACUCAACAUCUCGUUCAUUGAUAAGGAUGGCGAGAAAUACGACUUCCAGGUAUCCGAGGGGGACAACUUGCUGGAUAUUGCGCAGGCCAAUGAUCUUGAAAUGGAAGGAGCCUGCGGCGGUUCAUGUGCCUGCUCGACCUGCCAUGUCAUCGUGGAGGACCCGGACGUGUUCGACAAGAUGGAAGAGCCAUCCGACGACGAGAACGACAUGCUGGAUUUGGCAUUCGGACUGACAGAGACUUCUCGGCUAGGAUGUCAGGUUAUCAUGAGCAAGGAGCUUGACGGACUAGUUGUCCGUCUGCCCUCUAUGACCCGCAACUUGCAGGCGAGUGACUUUGAGCCAAAGAAAUAAACCCCACCAGGACAUUGUGCCGUGAUGUGGUGGUAUCUGUUGGGGGGAUUCAAAGCGCGUUCAAGCAAUACAAUGAAGCAGCAUUUUAGGACGACCGAGCAAAUGUCGGAGGCUACUGGUUUUAAAUGUAUAUUGUACUAUUGGG